AUGUUCGUCGUAACAGGCAUCGAUCCCGCUCCCAAACAUCCGAGCCGACGUUCGAAACCAUUCCCCACAAUAACGAAACCAAAUUUGGUUGGAUUUUUUAGCCUUAACCACGAUCGGAAAUAUGACCCCUCGGCUGUGCAGCUUAAGUAUCUUACACUGCCACCCGAACCAAGGAACGAUCUGCGGCUCGAUCUUAACGAAGGGUUCGAAAUACAUCACCCGAAACCGGCCAGUGCGAAAGAGGAAAAGAUCGACAUGCUGUUAAACUUCAUACGCCAGGCAGAACACCCUCGCGAACUGUGGGCCACUACCGAGAAGGGCACUUUAAAGCUGAAGCAUGAUUUUGUGUGUUUCCGAGGACUGCUGCGGAUGAUUUGCUGCACACCAUACGACUGGAAAACACCGUGGAUCGUGCAAGCCAUACGCUAUCGGGGCACCAUUUACCUGUGCGAAAAGGCCACCCCGGAAAAGCUUGCAUCGGAACAAAACGAAACGGAACAGCAGAAGCGUUUCUGUUACUAUGGUUUUAAGUUCGAGCAGCACAUACUUACGGAACAACCCAACGGCAAACCGGACACAUCGACACCGGUAAUGUUGGGCGAGGAGUUUUGCUCCAUGUUCGAUACGACUCUAGCCGGUCAUCGGGUGCUUUACGGUGCGGAAAUGGAUGGUAUCGUUACGACGAACCAGCCGCUCGAUCGCGAACGGCUUCGGUUGGAGGAAUUGCGCCGAUGUGAGUUUGUGGAGGUGAAAGUAAAGCGCAAGGAAACGACUCAACGCCAGGUGGAUAAUUUCUACCGAUUCAAGACGAAGAAUUGGUGGUGUCAAAGUUUUCUGGUGAACGUGCAACGGCUUGUGGUGGGUUUGCGGGACGAUGCAGGAAUUGUACGGGAAAUAGUCGACAUGAAGCUGAACGACAUUCAACGCGACUCUCGCCCAUUCUGGUCGCCGGCAAUCUGUACAAACUUUUGUGCCGAGUUUCUGUCGGAAGUGGCACGGGCGAUUGGCGAGACUGAUAACUGUCGCAAGGUUUAUCAGUUUGAGUACGAUUCUGGAGAAAGUAAACGGGUGCGAUAUCGGAUACUGGAGGAAGGAUGCCACCGGGAUGCUUUCCUUCCAGGCUGGUACACGCGCUACGUUGAAGAUAUGCAACCGAAACGGUAA